AAAAGAAAACACGAAAUAAAAAGAAAUGAAGAAAUUAUUAGAAAUUUGAAUGGUUUAAUAUCUCUUAAGAGUCAACAAAAAAUAAAAGAUUAAAGAGAUAGUCUUCAUCAAUCUUUCUCCAACUUCUUCUAUUGUUGUUCCACCUUCACCAUUCCUUAAUCUCCACUUUAUCUCCCAAACCCGAAUCCGAAAACUCCUCUUCAACAACUUAAAACCCUUUUAACUAAUCCCAACUAUCAGAUGAUUCGAAUUCAACAACCAACUCCGACCAUAAGAUUCAUUCCGGCAAAACAAGAACCAUGAUAACACAGAAACAAAGAAGAACAGAGAAAAGUCUCUGUUUAAAACAUUACUACAAAUGGUUCCUCUGUUUUUUCCUUACUCUUUAUUUUCUUGCUUCCUUCUUUGUCGACCAUGAUCAAGAUCACGAUCAUGAUCAAAGGUCUUCUUCUUCCCGAUCAAACCCUCUUCUUACUAACUCUAAACCCAAACUUUUCGCUUCUCGUGCCAUGUUUGAAUCUAAAAUCCAUGAUCACAAACUUGGGUUUGCCCCUCAACGUCCCAACAUAAGAACAGAUGUAUUCAACAAUUUGAAGAUCUACGUCUAUGACUUGCCUUCAAAGUUCAACAAAGACUGGUUAGCCAAUGAUAGGUGUAGCAACCACCUCUUUGCCGCGGAGGUAGCUCUCCACAAGGCGUUUCUCAGCCUCGAAGGAGACAUACGGACAGAAGAUCCAUACGAAGCCGAUUUCUUCUUUGUUCCUGUCUAUGUCUCUUGCAACUUCAGCACCAUCAAUGGUUUUCCAGCUAUUGGUCACGCGCGAACACUCAUCAAUGACGCGAUUAAGUUCGUCUCGACUCAAUACCCGUUUUGGAAUCGAAAUAAUGGCUCUGACCACGUCUUCACCGCCACACAUGACUUUGGCUCUUGCUUCCACACCAUGGAGGAUAGAGCAAUUGCUGAUGGAGUACCAAAGAUUUUGAGAAGCUCUAUAGUUUUGCAAACAUUUGGUGUUACUUUUAACCAUCCAUGCCAAGAGGUAGAGAACGUGGUGAUACCACCGUACAUCUCACCGGAAAGUUUACACAAGACUCUAAAGAAUAUUCCGGUAAAUAAAGAACGAGACAUUUGGGCUUUUUUCCGCGGCAAGAUGGAACUUCAUCCCAAAAACAUCAGUGGACGCUUCUAUAGCAAGCGAGUAAGGACGAAGAUAUGGCGGAGUUACGGUGGUGACCGGAGGUUUUAUCUUCAACGGCAACGAUUUUCCGGUUACCAGUUAGAAAUAGCUCGUUCUGUUUUCUGUUUGUGUCCUCUCGGGUGGGCACCGUGGAGCCCAAGACUUGUUGAAUCGGUGGCUCUUGGCUGUGUACCAGUGAUUAUAGCCGAUGGGAUCCGUUUGCCGUUCCCUUCCGCCGUGCGUUGGCCGGAUAUUUCGCUCACGGUGGCAGAGAGAGACGUUGGAAAGCUAGGGGAUAUUUUGGAACACGUGGUGGCAACUAAUUUGUCAGUUAUACAGAGAAACUUGGAGGAUCCGUCUGUUAGGCGGGCCCUUAUGUUUAAUGUUCCUUCAAGAGAGGGAGAUGCCACGUGGCAAGUUUUGGAGGCUUUGUCAAAGAAAUUGAAUAGGUCUGUUAGAAGGUCAAACUCUUUCUUGUAAACCAAUAAAUUUUGACACGUGAAUAUUAUUUUUCUGGGGUAA